CGUGCUCUUGUUUCCUGCCAGCGCGGACUCGCACCCCGUUUCGCCGGGACCUGGACCAUGUCGGCGCGCAAGAGGCCCCUCGAGGGGGAUGAUUUGCAGGAGGCCUUUACCAAGAUCAAGGAUCUCUUAAUCAAGAUCAAGCCGCAAUUGGACGAUGUGAAUGUCGGCGCAAGACCGACUCUUGUGAAGGACUUGGAUCGCCUUUCAUCCCUUGCAGAAGCGUUCUCAGAACUACGCUCCAAGUCCAACGACAGAGCUUGCGUUCCCCUUGCGGACAAGUUAGAUCAAGACGGUGUCAAUCUCUGGAACAUCGCCGGCACCGUGCGGCGGACUCCGGAAGACGACGGCCGCGCCAUUAUCGCAUCCCUAAGGGUAGCCGCUUUCCGCCUCAUUGAAGCCGGCCUCGAGGCGAAGCCUUCCAUCGAGAGCAAGUUUUGCCUGGUCCACAUCCUGCAGAUAGCCAGCAAGACGGGCACAUCGCUGUCGGAGUUGGGUCAGCCCGCAGCUGCGAAUGCCAUUCUCACUAGUGCCGCUAAAUUUGAGGAGCUUCUACGGUUCGCGGAAGACCCGGAUGGACAGCAGAAGCAGAGCAAGGCCGCCGCGACAGCCAUUUACUUUACCAGCAGGAUGGAGACCGCGUGGCGCGAAGGGAACCUUACGCUCGCGGAAUACAUGUCGCGGAAAAUAACUGACGAGGACCGUUUGAGCAAGCUUCCCAAUUAUGUCCGCGAACGCCUUGCCUUCAAACUCUACGACAUCGGGAAGACUGUACUGAAGGACCAAGUCGGUGCGGAGGAUGGGAAAGCAUCGCUCGCAAUCGUGUGGCUGCAGAAGGCGUUCAGUAUCGCCGACCAAUUGGAGGGACCCUCAACAGCUGCGAUAGCCGAUCUGAAGAUCUCGGUCCUUCGGACGCUCGGUAGGACAUACUACAUUUCCGGAUCUUACGAUAGGGCAGAGGCGACGCUUGAGGAAGUAUGGCCUCUCGUUGACGCCAGUCACGAUCAGUCCGAUAUUGGCUACCAAGAGUUGCGCUGGCUUAAGCUAGCGGUUCUGAAGCGUCGCGAAGCGGGAGAAUCUAUUUUGCUGGAUACGUACAAGACCAUCAUUGACCACAUGGAGUGGACGGAAACCUCGGUAACAGAUAUCCUGCAGGAUCUUCGAACACUCCAUCAGCAUAUGGCCCUCUUGAUCAACGCCACGCAGCAUUGUAUCGAGCGGGCGCUGCAAACAAAGAACAUCAAGGCAGAGUACGUGGACCGCUUGCUGCUGUCCAUGCUGUUUUCGGCGUCGAAGGACCCCGAUCACGCACGGGCUAUUCGAUCUGCUACUGCGGCUUUCACGGCCGUGCACGAAAGCGGCUUUGGGCUACUGAGUACGCCCACGGUCGCGUGUCUGACGCUGAUAUGGCAGUUCGGUGACCGCCAGUACCGCGCGAAGCAGUGGGCGAAGGCAGCCGACUGGUACCUCGUCGGCAGCCACGCCCUCUUUCAGACUAAUAGCCCCGCGAGCAUGCCCAAGUGCCUGCGCAAAGCGGCGCUGUGCUUCCUCGAGAACGCCGAAUACGCGCGUGCGGCGGUGACCGUGCGCAGGUGCCCCCCAAAGCAGGCGGCGACCCAUUACGUGGCGCUGCUGUGCGCGGUUCGACAAGGUACUUGCAUGUCAUCUGCGCCCAUUCAGGCGGUUCAGGAUAUGGUGCAGAGCCCGGAUUUUGACCGCAAGAUGCUCCUUCUCGCGACGCAGCUAACCCACCAGGCGGAAUCGAGGCCCGUGUUGCUUGCGGUGUUGGAGGCGCUCCUUCGGACCCUCAAAGUGGGCAACACUGAAGGCGAAGCCGCGGUCGAAGCCAUCAACCUCAUUCGGUGCAUCAUCCGGCUCGUCUUCAGCCUGCUGGCGGAGCCUAUGGCUGACAGGAACUUGCUCGUCGACACCGCCAUCGGCCACUUCCGGACUGCCCGAAUUUUGGUGCAGACAGCAUGCGAGCGCAAGGCCUUACAUCUCAUCAACAAGGACGUCGGCUGGCUCUGGCGGACCGCAUACAAUGCGGCAGUUCAGGGCUGCACGGAGUGGGAGGAUGCGGACCGCGUCGCGCAGCUAUUCGAGGUCGCUUCGGAGCUUCUCGACAUCAGCGUCAAGGAGUCGCCGGUUGAGGUUGACAGAGAUCAGUACUUGUAUCUCGCUAAUGCUUCGUUCUGUGCCAUUUGCGGACGCGUGUUCGCGCUUCGGGAGACCAUCUCCUCAAGCGGGAAGCUCGAUGUUAACGCCCUACGAGACGUGGCCGAUGGACUUCUCAUAUGCCAGAACCGCAUAGCAGACAUUCUCGCUAAAGAUGUCUUGGUCGCGGAGGAGGAGCUCAGCCGCGUGCAGUACUUCGUGCACGCGUUGCACGUCUUCCAAGCCGAGAUGUACGUCCACCUGAAGGAGUGGGACUCGUUCGGGAAGCUCGUCGGGGAUGUGACGAGUGCCGGACCUAUGGCCGUAGAUACCUUCGAGGCAUUAGCGGAUCUUGCGUGGGCAGAUGAAGACUGCCCUGUCAACGUGUUGCACAGGGUGCUCGAGGCUAUCCUGCGCGCGAGCCUCGACCACGGCGCCCUAGCCGUUAACAAAUUCUCUCGCUGGCUCCGGGCGAUAUGCACCAUCAUGCUCGCCCGGUCGGAGCCAGCGGAUCGGCUGAAGGCCAUUGGUUAUGUCGAGCAAGCCGUCGGCGUUAUCGAGGAAAAUAACGAGGGCGAGGAUGCGUACCCCAUGGACGAGCGCUUCUGGCUCUUGAGCACGGCGUAUAACACGGGAUACGAGUGCUUCGAGGCGUCGAUACUGGACGAAGCGAAGCGAUGGUUCGAGGCUGCAACUCAACUGUGCAAGUUCGUGCCCGGCGGACAGGAGCGUGGCGAGAAGGUACUGCAUCAUGAACGGUUCUGCUGGCGCUCUCAUUUCUUGGCAUUUCUCGCGAGUCGCCUCCGUAUCCGACUGUUCUUGAAUGCUCGGCGUCUGGCUCUUGACUCUGGGUUCACCGCGAAGUUCCUGCUCUGCGCUCUCGACAGAUGUCCCGAACUGACUCGCUUCUCUGCCUCGACUACUCGCUCUCCGCUUGCUACGCUGCUCGAACGAUUUCUUGAUAUCGGCGGCCUACUCGAGUCUUCUGGAGCGUUGCGCGCGUGAGUAGAGGGAUAGGUUCUUUUGUUAAUCGGACGCUGCUGCCCUCCUUGUAUUCGUCUGUGUAUGUGGACUAUCAAUUUGUAGCUGCUGCAGCGCUAAUGAGGAUGCACUAUAUUGUGUCGUCUCCCGAUGCCCAUACU